AUGGUGAUGUACCUGAUUCUUAUUCUUCCUUCAGAUUAGAUUCACCGUCUCUACUUCUUCCUUUUCCCUCGGUCCACCGCCUCCAUCGUCAGCUUCACCGUUGCAAAAUCCACCAUCAUGGACAGUUGUUCUCCGCUGCCUCCCCUGAUUCACCUCCGUACAAAUACUCAGAUCCUCAAACAAACCACUACCAUCUUCUCCAUCCACCACCACCUCCUCAUCUUCAUCCUCCCCUCAUUUCUCAUCCUCCCCCUCCGUUCCAACGUCGAAACCACCACUCACUCCCUUGCUUCCUUCAUCGACCAUGA